GCCCGGAGGGAAUACCAAACAGCCCUAAACCCAUGGCUGUUCGUUGUUGAUGCCAAAAGAAUUUGAGAGUGGGGUAAACGGAAGGGAAACUCAAAAACUUUGUUCUUCUCUGAGAAUUUUCCAGUUUUUCCCUUUCUCUGUAAUGGAAGAAACGAGCAACGGAAGCGUCAGGAAAUUGCAGCAGACUUUUUAUCGCAAAUAUUUCCGGCGAAUGAUUUUCGGGUCUCCUCUCUCCCACAAUUUCCAUGACCAACUCAAAAUCCCCAAAACGUUUGUGCAGAAUCUGGAAGAAGGAGGGAGAAAACUGCCUGACAAUGUUUCUCUCACGGGUCCAGGGGGUGCAACUUGGAAAGUAGGAAUUAGUAACAUAAAUGGUACUUUGUUCUUCAAUGAAGGUUGGAAAGAUUUUGUUGAAGACCAUCUAUUGGAAGAAGAUGAUAUUCUGGUGUUCGAAUACAAUAUCUCCUCAUCCCGUUUCGAUGUGUUGACGAUAUUAGAUCACAGUACCUGUUGUGAAAAGGUAGGAUCUUUCUUUGUCAAGCUGUUUGAUGCACAAGAAAAUGACAAUCACUUGAGGAAAAGAAAGACGAAGGGACCUGUAGGAGUUGGAGUCUUUACAGAUGAGAACAGAGCCCAGGGGAGUCGUAGAAGAAUCAGGGGAAAUGUUGAAAUUAAUAGCAAUUUCACCCAAGAUGAUGAAUUUAUUCUCCCUCUUAGUCUUAGUGAAUCUACUAGUUCAGAUGCAGGAAAAUCAAGUAAGGGAAAACAACGAGGAAGGCGUAGAGCAAUCAAGACAGACAAUAAUAUUGCCUUGCGGCGAGCACGAGCAGAACAAAUCCCAGGCAUCAGUAACGUUGUGAUUAUUACGAAAUGUCAUGUUGAUCGACCUUACCGGGUGCGGAUGAGUCUCAAAUGGGUUGCCGAGCAUCUAUCAGAGCAAUCCAGAAAGGCUAAGAAAGUGCUUUUGAGUAUGGACAUGCAAAUGCAGCAAGUUCUGUUGUAUAUCAAUGAAAUGCACAAGUAUGCAGAACUUACUUCUGGCUGGAAGGAGUUUGCUCGUCAGUACUGCCUUGAAGUGUCAGAUGUGUGUCUUUUUAAUCCUGCGGGUACUCGAAGUGAUGAUGGAAUUUCAAUUCUUACUGUUAGGAUAUUUCGUAAUGAACCACAGGGGCAGAAUUGUUAGGGCAUCAAUGUAGUUGGUGUUGGCUAAUCUUUUGAACAUGCAUGCUUGUUUGUGUUAGUUUGUAAUAGCUAAAGCUAAUGGUUUUUAUAAUGGGUUGUUUUCAUGGAUGUAUUGGAUCACUUCGUCUAAUGAUUAUCCAGUCUAGUGAAAAAGUAUGCAUGGAAUAAGGGCCUCUAUUUUUU